UCGCUCUCAUUCAGGCUGAGCUGUGGACACAACCAGAAGCAGUCUGUGAGAGUGUGUGUGAGAGUGCGUGUGUGUGAUUGCCGGAUCCCCGCUGAAACUCUACCUCUCCGAAAAACUCAAAGAGUCCCACUCAGCCAUCCACCUCACCAACCCAUCCCAGAGGAGUACACCUUUACCCCCACGACUACUGAAACGCCCCCCACAUGGAGCCAUGUGAACCGCCGUCUCCUGCCCGGCUUGGGAUCUGAUUUUGGAUUGCCUCCUCAGGGAGAAGCUCCAGGCACUGGAUCUUUUGAAGUAAGGAGGGACUGCGAAGAUCUCCCCCAUCCCGGAGGGAAUCACUGUGCUCUGGGCGUUGUGGGCUGCAAGCCCCCCUGGGCUGGAGGCCAGCGCUCCAGCACCAUGGAUUACCUAGUUUGGAUUUUUCUGCUGAUGUGUGGGGUGGCGUUACCUGGAAGAGUUGCACCCCAGCACCCCAAAGACAACGUCCCCAGACUGAAGCUGUCUUAUAAGGAAAUGCUAGAUUCCAGUAAUCUGCUGACUUUCACCGGUUUUGCAAACAGUUCAAGUUACGACACGUUCCUAUUGGAUGAAGAGAAAGGGAGAUUAUUGGUUGGAGCAGAGGACCACGUCUUGUCUUUUGACUUGGUCAACAUCAACAGAGACGUCAAGCUGAUCGCCUGGCCUGCCACGCCUUCAAAACGUGAUGAAUGCAAAUGGGCUGGAAAAGACCUGGGGAAAGAUUGCUCGAACUUUGUCCGAGUACUGCAGCCUUAUAACCAGACGCAUAUUUACGUGUGUGGCACCGGAGCUUUCCAUCCAAUCUGUGCUUACCUGGAGAUGGGCAAACGUGCAGAGGACAAUAUCUUCAGACUGGAUCCCAACUUUGAAAAUGGACGUGGGAAAAGUCCCUACGAUCCAAAGAUGCUGUCAUCUUCGCUCCUGAUCGAUGGCGAGCUCUACUCCGGAACAUCAGCGGAUUUUAUGGGUCGAGAUUUUGCCAUUUUCCGCACGCUUGGAUCACAACAUCCAAUCAGGACCGAGCAGCACGACUCCAGAUGGCUUAAUGACCCCAGGUUUGUUGGAAUACACCUGAUCCCUGAGAGCGAUAAUCCUGAAGAUGAUAAGAUCUUCCUGUUCUUCAAAGAAAACGCAAUGGAUGGGGAACAUACAGGCAAAGCUACUAUCUCCAGGAUAGGACAACUGUGUAAGAAUGAUAUGGGUGGACACAGGAGUCUCGUGAACAAAUGGACGACCUUCCUGAAAGCUAAGCUGACCUGCUCAGUGCCGGGGCUCAAUGGCAUAGACACACAUUUUGAUGAGCUGCAGGAUGUCUUUCUGAUGAGUGCCAAAGACCCAAAGAAUCCAGUGAUCUACGCUGUGUUUACUACAUCCAGUAAUAUCUUCCGUGGAUCGGCUAUAUGCAUGUAUAGUAUGGCAGACAUCCGAAGGGUAUUUCUAGGUCCAUAUGCCCAUAGGGAUGGGCCAAACUACCAGUGGGUUCCCUUCCAGGGCAGAGUGCCAUACCCCCGUCCUGGCACAUGUCCCAGCAAAACAUUUGGAGGCUUUGAUUCCACCAAAGAUCUGCCAGAUGAUGUCAUCACGUUUGCACGCCUCCACCCGGCCAUGUAUAAUCCCGUGCAGCCGAUGGGUGGGAAGCCCAUCAUUGUGCGCACCAAUGUCGAGUACCAGUUUAGUCAGCUGGUGGUGGACCGCGUGGAAGCAGAGGAUGGCCAGUAUGACGUCAUGUUCAUCGGCACAGAUUUAGGGACCGUGCUAAAGGUGGUGACCAUUCCCAGAGAAAGCUGGCAUGAUCUGGAGGAAGUCGUGCUGGAGGAGAUGACUGUGUUCAGGGAGCCAACACCUAUUACAGCCAUGGAGCUCUCCACUAAACAACAACAGCUGUACCUGGGGUCGGACUUAGGGAUUUCCCAGAUGCCCUUGCACCGCUGCGAGGUGUACGGAAAAGCGUGCGCCGAGUGCUGCUUGGCGAGAGAUCCAUAUUGUGCUUGGGAUGGGACAGAGUGCUCCAGAUAUUUUCCCACUGCUAAGAGGAGAACAAGACGGCAGGACAUCAGAAAUGGAGAUCCUCUUUCUCAGUGCUCAGAUUUACAACACAAUGAUGAUCUGGAGGGUUACAGCAGCGUGGAGGAGAGAAGCGUGUAUGGGGUGGAGAACAGCAGUAUGUUUUUGGAGUGCAGCCCAAAAUCUCAGAGAGCUUUAAUCUACUGGCAACUCCAGAAACCAAACGAUGAGCAUAAACUUGAGAUUACGUUUGAUGACCGAGUGAGUCUUACAGGCCACGGUUUGCUGAUCAGAAGUCUAACCCAAUCUGAUUCAGGCAUCUACCACUGUCACGCCGUGGAGCACGGCUUUAUCCAGCCCCUGCGACGCAUUAACCUUCAGGUCAUCCCUUCUCAGCGCGUGGGUGAGCUGCUGCUCCGGGCAGGAGCCAACGAUAAAGAGCCGUCCCCCAAACACAAACUCUGGUACAGGGAUUUCAUGAGCCUCCUGGAACAUCCGGAUCUCAACAGCGUGGACGAGUUCUGCGAGCGGGUUUGGAAGAGAGAGAGGAAGCCGAAAGGAAAGAAAUCUCCCAAAGUCAACGCUGGAACCGGCGUGAAAGCAGAAAAAAAUCUUCAAGCGAGCACGCGCAGCUUACAGAAUCCGAACGGCCAGAGGAACCAAAACGCAGCCAGAGCGCCGAGCAAUCCCAGCGUUCAGGUUCUUCCCAAGUCAGCCGGUCUGCAACGGAUUCAAGUCCCCGCAAGUACCGCCAAACCGGACGGCGGGACGAUCCUCCAGAUCACGCAGAAGACCGCAACGGAGACCCAAAGAGCACAGCCGAACCCGGGAAAGAAAGGCGUUCAGACGGCACAGAGAGGACCUCCGCAAACAGCCAAGUGGAAACAGCUUCAGGAGAACAAGAGGGGUCGUAACCGUCGGACCCAUGAACAGCAAAGACCACCGCGCAGUGUGUAAAAACAUACGCAUAAAUAUACACGCACACACGCUUCCAACCAUCGACCAUUUACACGAGCACAAAACCUCGAGUUACUGUGCGUGAGGUGAACUUAACUGGAAUCAUGUUCAUUUGUUCACCGAGGAAAGCACAUCCACCUUGUUGUUGUGAUGUAACGGCAAAGACCUCUAACACUAGUGAAUGUCCAAACUUCAUACACACGAUGGAUACGAGACUGCUUUGACAGCGAGACUAUCGUUUGCCAAAAACUCUGAGAUGUGAUGGUGCCAAUGGGAAAAUGUAAACGACAUUGUAAUCGUCUGUAUUGGGAUACGGAUGGGAAUGGGAGCCAGAGACGGGUUUCUCUAAUUUGUAAAGACUGUAAUAUAGCCGCUAUAGGUGCAAGCAUUGUACAACUGGUGAAAGGUGAACGGCUUUAGGCAUGCCUCAGUAACCGCUUGUCUAACCUGUGAUCCUCGUUCGUGUAAUUACAUUUGAGAUGUCGAGUGGGCUUGACUGACUUCAAUAACUGUGGUGACCAUUUCUGCCAAAUGUUACAAUGUGCAUGAGAAUGAAUAAGCUCUUCCAAGAUAGUUACACACUAUCUUCAGAUCACGACAGUGUCUGGGUGGUUGCAUUAAAAAUGAAAGAAUGUGUCUUGUGUGUAUCGCAGCAUCUUUUUAAAGGAUGUUAUUAAGAUAGUUUCAUUAAGUCUGUAGUGUAUUUCUAAAUUAUUAUUAUUAUACUCAUAUUUCAUAAGGUUGCGUCAUAUUAAUUCGCUAUUAAUCAGUCUAUGUUAGGCUGAAUGCAGAGUGACCCUAGUAUCUGUACAUAUAUACAUACAGCAGAACACCACGUGAUUAUUUAUUGCUGGUAAUUGUUUAUUGUUCAAAGGGUUGCAUUUAUUUUUGAUAUUUUUUCUAUUCGGUUGUAAACGUGUUACUGACAGGCCACAGUAUCUUUAGAUGGACCAACUUUUUUUCUUUUUUUCUCUAAUAUUCGUCUUAAACCUUUGCAGAUUUAUUUUUAUUUCUCGUUAACUUCUUUUUCUGUCUCUUUGUGCAAACAAUAAAUCAUCUCAUUAGCUGUGAAUCUCCCUGAAAAGGUGUGUGGGUUAAGUCUUCACACUGCAUGUGAAUUCUGCCGUUGUCCAUCAUUAUAUGUCGUGUGAAUGGUCAUUUACGUGCCAUGCGAGGUGUAUGAGAUGUGAAUAUUUUUUGCCAUUUGAAGAUUGUCAUCUUAACAUACCCUGUUCCUUUUAUGUAGUAUAGGUUUGUAGUCUUCACAUACAUUUUCCCCUCUGAUUAAUUGGCGAAAUUGUCAUUCGAUGCAAUACGGAGUUCUGUCCACCAGAUGGCGCUCCCGUCCACUCACUUGAACCAGAUGGAGAUCAUAUGGAGCUGGUUGGUGCAAGAAGGCUUUGGAGCGGAAGGGAGCUGUCAGUUAUGUACAAUUGGUGUUUCUGGCAUGCAUUUGGUUGUCUAAAUAAAUAUUUCCUCUAUA